AUGAGGGGGGAAGAGAGAAGCGGCCAAUCGGAAGCCUGGGGCCGAGCGAGCGGGGCGGGAGGCCCGGCUGGGCGGCAGCAGCACCCCAUCCCCUCCCCGCGGCGGGCGGCUGGCGCAGGCACCACGGAGCUGACGGGCAGCACCAACCUGAUCACGCACUACAACCUGGAGCACGCCUACAACAAGUUCUGCGGCAAGAAGGUGAAGGAGAAGCUCAGCAACUUCCUCCCCGACCUGCCCGGCAUGAUCGACCUGCCUGGCUCCCACGACAACAGCAGCCUGCGCUCCCUCAUCGAGAAGCCCCCCAUCUGUGGCAGCUCCUUCACCCCCCUCACCGGCACCAUGCUGACGGGCUUCCGCCUCCAUGCUGGCCCGCUGCCCGAGCAGUGCCGGCUGAUGCACAUCCAGCCGCCCAAGAAGAAGAACAAGCACAAGCACAAGCAGAGCCGCACCCAGGAUCCUGUCCCCCCAGAAACCCCCUCGGACUCCGACCACAAGAAGAAAAAGAAGAAAAAAGAGGAGGAUCCAGAACGGAAGAGGAAAAAGAAAGAGAAGAAGAAAAAGAAGAACCGGCACAGCCCGGAGCACCCGGGGGUGGGCAGCUCCCAGGCCAGCAGCAGCAGCAGCUUGCGGUGAGGCCACGCCGGCGCCGCCCCGGGGAUCCCCCAGCCGACCGGAACGGCCCUGACUGACCUGGGAGGGACUCGUUCCUCCCGCAGCGCUCAGCAGGGGGACUCGAGCUGGCCUGUUCCCCCCCACCCCCACCUCUGGCAGAGAGGACACCCCUGCAGCCCCCCACUUGCGUUGUGCAGCCAGCCAGGACCAGGGGACACGGACUCUGCUGGCACUGGGGUUGCCGACCUUGGCCUUUUUUACCAAAACAACCUGGUGCAUCGGGGGUCUCUCUUUUUUUAGUCACCUUUUAAUUAAAAUCUCUGCUCUGAGGAGGGGCUGGUGGCAGUGGCUGCUACAACCCUCGGCUGUCACGGCGACGUGAGGAGCCAAGACUGGGGCAGUCUGGUGGGGCGUGUGGGAUCAGCACUGUCCCGACACGCUGUGGCCUAGGAUGGAGGAUCGUGGCCAAGCUCCCACCCCAAGCAGGGUUGAGGUGGGCUCCUACCUUGGCUCCUACCUUGGCUUUGGCUGCUGGGCUGGGUUGAGGGGCUCUGCGCUCCUCUGCCCUGCACCUCCCAGGCCUGGCGAGGACGGGAGUGACCCUGGAGAGGCACUGUGUCCCUGCACAGAGGUGGCUGCUGGCAGAGUGCCCAGGGCUGCUGUCGCAGGCCCCAGGAGCUCCAGCAGCAGUCACGGCACAAUGCCAAGGUCCUCCUUUGGUCCCAGCACCUUGCACAGGAUCCUGAGCCUCACCAGCCCCUGCGACACCUUCCCCAGAACCGCUUUCCUCACACCCUGGAAAAAAAAAAAAAAGUACCUUCUUUAGGAGCAGAGUUUGCCCAAAAGCACCCUGAGGAGAUUCCUCCCUGAAAUGGGGCCAAGCUCAGCUCUGCUUGGGCCCCCUUUGCUCUCCCCCUUGAGAGGAGUGAGGGAAGGCCAAGACCCUGAAGGACCAGAGCCCUUCAGGGGCUCCUCUGUCCCUGGACGCUAAACAAAACACACGGAUGCCUGCCAGGGUGGCUCAUUAAAUAUCCUUUUAUUCCUCAUUUUUAAAAUGGCUAAUAAUAAUAAAAAAAACAAUGGUGUGGCUGUGCAGAGGCCACGGGAGAGAUAUUGCCGUAGAGAAAGUCAAGUAGUGCCUCAAGUUUUGUGGGCCCCCACAUGGGGCGGCUUGCCCAGGCAGGG